CUGUCCCUGUUCUCCCCGCGCCCGGUUUGAGAUCGGUUUGCUGGAAGCCUGUUGGCAGCGUUGUCUUGUCGUGCGUGAGCUAUGGAAGACUUGGAAGGUAAUACCACUGUCUUCUCCACCUUGAGAUCCUUCAACAACUUCAUUUCACAGCGUAUGGAGGGGGUGUCCGGGCAGCCUGUGCCGGCAUCAUCUCAGAGCUCCUUGCAGCUUCAGUACCAGCAGAGGGUGCAGUUGGAAGAACAAGCUGGGCAGAUCCAUUCCAAAUCGCAGCUCCUGCAGGUGGAACGGGAGAAGAUGCAGAUGGAGCUUAGCCACAAACGAGCUCGCAUUGAGCUGGAGAAGGCAGCUAACACUAAUGCCAGAAACUAUGAGCGAGAGGCUGACCGUAACCAGGAGCUGCUCACACGCAUAAAGCAGUACCAGGAAAGGGAAACAGAAGCUGAAAAUAAACUGAAGGAGCAAAUGGAGAUGAACAAAUCCUAUAAGAAGAGUAUGGAGACAAUGAGUAAGAAACUGCAAGAGAAGGAGAGCAAAUUAGCUGAAGCUAAUGAAACGAUCACUAUAUUAAAAGGGAAAAUAUCUGAGCUACAAUGGAAUAUAAUGAAUCAGGAGAUGCAGAUGACAAGCCAAGACUCGCAGAAGCAAGAGCUGAUGGAACAGCUGGAUGUUCAACAUAAGAAAUGGCAAGAGGCUACUCAGCAAAUCCAGACAUUGCAAGCAAGCCAGUCCCUACUGGCAGAAUAUGAACAGAAGAUUAAGGACCUGGAGCAGAAGUUCUCCCAGCAGGAACACGAUGCUGUUAUUGUCAAGAACAUGAAGACAGAACUGGCCCGUUUCCCAAAAAUGGAGCGGGAGCUGCGACAGCUGAGGGAGGAAAAUGCAUACUACAGGGAAAUGAAAGAAAACAAUGGUUUGCUUAAAGAAGAAGUAGAAGGUCUCCAAAGAAAAUUGGAACGCUAUGAGAAAGUCCAAGCACAGUUAGUGACUGCUGAAUUGGAAAAUGAGAAACUUCUGGGAAAACUAAAAAGCUGGGAGAAACUGGACCAGAGCACUGGCUUGAAUAUCAGGACGCCUGAUGAUCUCUCAAGGCAAAUUGUGGCCCUGCAGCAAAGAGAGCUUGUGCUGAAAGAGCAGAACUCUACCAUCACAAACAGGGACUGCUCUUCUGUUCCCAGCAAGAUUAUGGUCUGCUGGGAAAGAGAAUGGACGCUGCUGUUGUUUGGUGCUCGGCCUGUUGCCUAUGGGCUGACCUUCAGCACAAGCUGGACCUGCCAUGACAGUGCCCGAAUACUGGAGAAGGCCCGACAGCAGCUGCAGGAGGAAAUUCUACAGGUGCAGAGCCAGCUCUUGGAUGAGAAGAAGAAGCGCGAGCAGCACGAGGCCCUGGUCAGGCGUCUGCAGAAACGUGUGCUGCUGCUCACCAAGGAGCGUGAUGGGAUGCGGGCCAUCCUGGAGUCGUACGACAGCGAGCUGACCCCAGCAGAGCACUCCCCACAGCUGAACCGGCGCAUGCGGGAGGCCGAGGAGAUGGUGCAGAAGCUGCACGCUCAUAACUCCGAGCUGGAGGUUCAGAUGUCUCAAGUUCUGGAAGAAGUGGGAAAUCAGAAGCAAAGAGCAGAGAUGCUGGAGGUGGAGAUGAAGGUCCUGAAGUCUCGAGAGUGCACCGCAGAGCAGAGUACCUUCAUCACCAAGGAGGAGGUUGACGCACUCAGGCUGAAGAUUGAGGAGCUGGAAGCUGAACGCAGCAAACUGGAAGAGCAGAACAGAUCUCUGGAAAUGAAACUGGAGAAGCUAACUAUGCAGGGUGACUAUGACCCCAGCAAAACCAAAGUGCUUCAUUUCAGCAUGAACCCUGCAAGCCUGGCCAAGCAGCAGCGCAAGGAAGAGCAGCAGCAGCUGCAGGAGGAGUGUGAGAGGCUGAGGGAGCUGGUGAGGGUGCUCGAAGCCGGCGGCUCCAUCCAUGGGAAUCUGGAAGGAGUUGGGAGCUUUCAGUCACCGCAGGAAGUUGCAGAGCUGAAGAAGCAAGUGGAAAGUGCAGAACUAAAAAACCAGCGCCUGAAGGAGAUUUUUCAGACCAAGAUCCAGGAGUUUCGCAAGGUCUGUUACACUCUCACUGGGUACCAGAUCGACAUCACCACUGAGAACCAGUAUCGACUCACCUCCAUUUACGCUGAGCACCAAGGAGACUGCCUGCUCUUUAAGCGAGAGGAGCUGCCUGGUGGAUGGCAGCCCGUCAGCAGGCGAGCAUCAGCAGGAAGAGACAUCAGUCAGAUGUGUGUCAUGCAGAGGGCCGGGGCCUGAGGCACAUUCCUCUGAGGCUGCUCGAGCAUGGUGCUCUCACUAACUAGGAAACCUCUCCUUUUCCCCAUGGGAAGAGCAGCGUGCUCAUCCAGACAUGAGAACCAGCAGCGCUGUCUUGCCAUGUUCUUCAGGAGUUUAGUGCCAAAUGACAGCACAGUCGGCUGCAGCAGAAGCUUUCAGCAAAUGCAUCCUAGCCCAAAGGUCUGAGUGUCCCCUCAAGGGAUACAGUGGAAUUUCUUUCCCCUUCUCAUUGAGUACUGAAAUCUUCCUUCACUCUUCAGCUGUAACCUCCGUAUCUUCAGCUGUGGACUUCCUCCUUAUGGUGGGAUCAGUGCUGCCUUGUUGAGAGAGGACUCUGGGUUUCUCAUUACAACUCCGCUGAAAACAAAAUAUACUCAGCCUGCACAGCCCAGCUGAUUGCUGACCUUUCAGACAUUGUCUUCUCCUGCCCAUGGACCACCAUUUGGGUUGAGCCACUCCACCAGUGCAGCCACUGGUACCACCAGCUCCAUGCACUCAGAAGUCAUGAAGUUGAGAUAGAAGUGGUGACGUUUUUGAAGUAAUAACAUCAUCUUCCUUAGUGUAAGUCUUGACUUGUUGCUACAGAUGCAGUCUGAGAAACGUGGUUCCCCACGGUGGGUUCCUGAAGGUUAAAGAUCAGUUGAAGACAUAGGAGAAGAAGUGUUGUAUGUUCAGACAGAACCAACUUUCCUUGUCUACUUUCUGGGUACUGACAGCCCUCGACCACUUGACAGCAGUGCUGAUGACAGUGAUUCCAAAUGAAGAAAAACGAAAGAACUGCGAGCCAGCAGAAAGCAAGAGAAUUGAAAGCAUCUUGCUUGACUCGACUAAGAUUGUGAAAUCUGGUUAUUGGUGUUGCAGCAGCAACUUACGUUCUUUUCAAAGCCAACGCUUGAAUUCCACUUUGGCAAGUCAUAAUUGUAAGUGACUCACAUGGUCCGAUGAGAAAGAGCAAUUACUGACCAGUUCCUGCUCCUAGCUGAGCCGUGUUCAGUCCCUGUGGUUCUGCCUGUAAUGCUGUGUUGGCUCCAUGCAUGGGUGACUAAUGCCUGCCACCAGUUUCCUUGGUGCAGGGUUUCAUCCCUGCAUUUUAGCCCUGGGUGCCAGACUAUGACAAACAAGAACUAGAAGAGGAUAAUGAAUAAACAUGCUAAGAUCUUCAGCUGCAAUCUGCCAUCAGGUCCAUCUGUUUCUCCUUCCCCCGUAAGCCUUGCAAACUCAAUGAGCCAGGAAUGGGCAUGCUCCAUAUACUGUCCCAUCCUACAGCCACGGAUCUGCAGUCUAAUUGUCUGGUUGACAGCAAGUUUGUCUCUUAUGGUCUCUUGAACUUCUACUGCUCGUAGGAUCUUCAUGUUCUUCAGCCUUCCAUCCAUUCUGCUUGUGAGAAGACUUCCAAAAGAACGCGAAGAGAUGGGGAUGGAUCACACACCAGUGCUUGCUAUAUUGCAAGCUCUGCCUGUUGGUGAGUGGUGGUGUGCUCUGGGGAGCAGAUGCCUGUCUCCCAGGCAACCAGGGAACAGACAAGAAGUUGCCAUCAAAAUUCACCGUGCUUCCAGCUGUUCUUUGUCAGUGCAAGAUUUUGCAAACUUUGCUGCUGGUGUUUUUGUACGGAUCUCAUGCUCGCAGCUGCAGUUUACAAGAAGCGGAAUCUCUCCCCGCUUUGGGAACUAGGCCAUCUUGAUUAAAGCCCACACGGAUGGUUUUACUCCAUUUCUCCCACAGGUGCUUCCUUCUCACGUUGCAGAAAGCCCAUGUUCUUAGUUUUCUGCUUCUCCAUUGCUUCCAGCUCUCCUCCCAGCAAGAGAAGAACAUGAAUUAGUGAGAUGAGUUCCCCUUCCGAAACAUGGAUUCUUGUGCAUGGGGUCAUUUGCCAGUCCCUGGUUUCUCCCUCAAGUUUUUUUCUCCUGGCUCUUCUGGGAGAGAGCCUUAGGACACAGUUUGAGCUGCACCUCUUUUUCCCUUUGCACCAAGCUGCUGCGCUCAUCAGGGCCAGGCACAGACCAGGAGCUGCCUCUGGAUGGCAGGGCUGCAGCACGGGGCUGUGAUCUGGAUGGGAAAAUAGUUUGAAUAACACCCGAUCCUCAGCAUUGCAGGCUACAACUGCAGAGUCAUUUCAGGGGAAGUAGCAGGAGAUUUUUCUCUUCCUAAUUUAUGUCUAUCCUGCAUAUGGCUUCUGUGGAGUCGCUAAUGUUACUGCCAGAUGGGUUGGCAUUUUACUAGACAGAACACAUGGGCUAGAUGUUGUUAAUGCUUGUUAGCUACUCACUCUGCAGCUUGACCAGUCCAAUGUGGUCACCUCGCAGAUGGCUGGAAGCUGCAGCCCAGGUGUCAGAGCACUCCAGCUCCAUGGCACUCAACUGUGACAGCAGUUGUGAUAACAUGCAUUUGGCUGCUUCUUCUGAAGGUCAGAGAUGCUCUACCUGUGCCUGGAGAUCAGCGCAUCUUCUCCUACGUAAAAGAAAGACACCAAUGUAUAAAGAUCCUGAGCCUUUUAAUGAGGUCUUGGCUUUACAGGCUUGAUGUCAUCAUCUGAUUUUUUCUAGGAUGGUGUUAGACAAGUCCUGUAAGCCCUCGUCUACAUUCCUUUGUGGUUGAUGCUUAUGAACACCCUGCAUGUGGCUGUGAAUGGUAUCUAGCAGUCCUGACACCUUCAGGAUCUCGAGCUCUGACAUACCCUAUGUCUAUAUUAGCAGACAUCCCGUGCAAUUUUCUUUUCUCCGUGAUGUGAACAGUCAUCUGUGAUUUACUCUCACCAGUCUCACAUUCAGCCAAACCAUUUCUAGGUAUCGCCUCAGCGAAUCUCUGCAGGGUGAACCUGCCUGAUAACUGGUGUGGCAAUGCCCAUCAGAACCUGAGGCUGCAGGAGCAGGCACUACUGCAGAAUCAUUUCUGCUCCCCCAUUCCCUCUCUGACUGUACUGAGGUUCAGUUCACAAUGGCGGGAGGCUGAGUGCAUCCUACAGAUGAGGCAGGGAGCUUCGGUUUCAAUACUCGUCCUUUAAAACUCUCAAAGCACUUUUGGAGAAUGCGGGGGUAUUAAUCCACACUGAGCUGCAGUUCUUCAAACCUGUGAUUUAAAUUGGAUAUAUUUGUCUCUGUCUGUCCUGAACUGUUUGAGUAACAUUAAUGCACCCUGAUAAUAGCUGUCACAUUUUACCCCUGGGGGUUGCUCCUCCAUGAUAGGUGAAAUCAUAGCAGUUCAAAGGCCCAUCUUUCAGGAUGAAAAGCUCUAUAGGAAUAUUCAGGCAUAAAAUAGUAAUAGUAUGAAUCAAAAAAAAAGAAAAAAAAAGAAAAAAAAAGCGCUUCCCUUAUUUUCAAGUCUUUGAUCUUGUUUUUAUGGCAUCACAUUUGACACUCUAAAGGGCAUUAACCCAUAGGAGGAACCAUGGAGCGCCGUCCCCCAGGAUGAACAGCAGCCGUUCUUCCCCACCGGGAGCAGGGUAGGAGCUCAGCACACGGCUUGGCUCUUUGACGUUGUUUAACACCAGCUGCAGGGGAGACAUAGGGAGCUGCAGGGAGAGGCUCCCACUCUGCAGGGCUCCCUGCUCCACGGUGCUUUGGAGCAGAGUUGGUGCAACAGCCCAGAGCCCAUGGCUGCUGUCACCAACGCACAGGUUGUUGUGUCUGAUUGAGAUGGAAGUGUAUGAGCUGACCUCCUGUGCUGAGAAGACACCGUGGGGUUGUGGUUCAUCUCAGCGUUGAAUAAUAAGAAAGAGAAAGGAAAUGUUUGCAAUAAAUCUCAGCGCACGCAGGGCUGUUUCUCGCUCAUCCCACCCCAGCUUUCAAUUUUCUUCUUGGCAUUGCCAGGUGCUUGCUUUCCUUUGCUCAGCAGCUAAAAGCAGCUUUUUCAUUACAUUUCCUGGAAGGCCCUUUACAGGCAUCCAUCCGUCCCUGCCUCAUAAAUUCACUUUAUCCAGUGAGAUGGUGGCACGGAGGUCGGAGGUCUUUGCAAGAAGCAGUUAUUAAAAGGAAGUGCUCUUCCUCUUUUGGGUUUCAAAGAGGAUGCUGGGGGGGGAAAAACUUUACAGCAGAUGAGGAAUGGUCAUUUGUAAAAGGUGGAUGGCCGGGUUGAUGCAGAGCUGAGCAUCCUGCCACAGCUGCAUUGGGACGGCAACCUGUGAGGCUGGCAGAAACCUGCCUGCUGCCCCAGGAAAGAAAGAAGGAAACCAGGAAACAGUUUGCU